CCCCAGCUGGCAUCAUGCUGCAGCAGAUCCUGCAGGACAUGUACAUAGACCCUGAGCUCCUUGCUGAGCUCAGUGAUGUGCAGAAGCACAUACUCUUCUACAAAAUGCGAGAGGAGCAACUGAGGCGCUGGAGGGAGCGUGAGGCUUGGGAGGACCUGGCCCAGGCAGAGGGGCUCAGGCCCCCGAAGACACUGAGGGCAGCGAGUGACAAGCACAUCCAGUGGCUCCUGGGUGAGGAUGGCGAGGUCUGGGUCUGGAUCAUGGGAGAAGGCCCCGGUGACAAGCCCUAUGAGGAGAUCUCUGAGGAGCUGAUAGCAGAGCAGGCGCGGCUGCAGGCACAGAGGGAGGCGGAGGAACUCUGGAGACAGAAGGAGGCUGAGAUCACCAAGAAGUUCAGGGAUGCUCUGGCCAAUGAGAAAGCCCGGAUCCUGGCGGAGAAGUGGAAAGUGGAGAUGGAGGACCGCAAGGCUGCCAAAAUUCUUGAGGAGCGCAUCCAUGAGGAAUUCAGGAGGAAAGAAGAAGAGGAGAGGAAGCGAGGAGAAGAGCAGAUUCGCCUCCAGGAAGAGCAGAGGGUGAAGGAACUCUACUGGACCCUGAAGCAGGCCCAGCUGCAGAGCCACGCCAGCGAGAAGGAGGAGCAAGAAUGGGCAGAGCAGCUGCGCAAGUCAAAGGCAGCCGACGAGGAGAGGAGUCGCAGAGCCCAGCGUGCCAGGGAUGAGUACCGGCGCCACUCCCUCCGCGCCAUCCAGAAAGGCACAGUCGCUGGCCUCAGCUCCAUGUUCCAAGAGCUUGGCCAGAGCCAGGAGCAAGAGGCAAGACUCUAUCACCACCUCCCUGGUCAGGGUCCACCACCACCCCUUGCCCUGCCAGCCAGCAGGACUUGGGAGCGACCACUGCGUCCUGUUUCCAGAGAAAUCAUAGUCCGCUGGUUUCAGGAGGAGCAGCUGCCUCGCCAAGCUGGCUUCGAGAGGAGCACCAAGUGCAUCGCCCCCUGGUUCCAUGGAAUUAUUAGCCGAGAAGAUGCUGAAGAUCUCCUUGAGAACAUGACUGAGGGAGCAUUUCUGGUCCGGGUCAGUGACAAAAUAUGGGGUUACACCCUCUCCUACCGCCUGCAGAAAGGGUUCAAGCACUUUCUGGUGGAUGCCUCUGGGGAUUUUUACAGCUUCCUGGGAGUGGACCCCAACCGCCAUGCAACGCUCACCGAUCUCAUUGAUUUCCACAAGGAGGAAAUUAUCACUGUUUCAGGGGGAGAGUUGCUGCAGGAAGCCUGUGGACAGAGAGACAGCCCGCCAGACUACCAUCUGUUGUUUGAAUGAUUUUUCCCCCCUAGCAAUUGGACUCCUUUACACA